GGCAGCGCCUGUCCCUGCUGCAGAGCUGCUUUUGGAGAGGUGACUUAAAGGGCCCGCUUUGCGCCGCCGCCCCCUCGGCCCGCCAUGCUGCUACCCGUGCCGCUGCUGCUCGGCCUUCUCGGCCUCGUCGCUGCCGAACCCGCCGUCUACUUCAAGGAGCAGUUUUUGGACGGAGACGGGUGGACCGACCGCUGGACCGAAUCCAAACACAAGUCGGAUUUUGGCAAAUUCGUCCUCAGUGCCGGCAAGUUCUAUGGUGACCUGGACAAGGAUAAAGGGCUGCAGACGAGCCAGGAUGCCCGCUUUUACGCCUUGUCUGCCAGAUUUGAGCCUUUCAGCAAUAAGGACCAGACGUUGGUGGUGCAGUUUACUGUGAAACAUGAGCAGAACAUCGACUGCGGGGGCGGCUAUGUGAAGCUAUUUCCAGAUACUUUGGACCAGACUGACAUGCAUGGAGACUCUGAAUACAACAUCAUGUUUGGCCCUGACAUCUGUGGCCCUGGGACCAAGAAGGUUCACGUUAUCUUCAACUACAAGGGCAAGAACGUGCUCAUCAACAAGGACAUCCGUUGCAAGGAUGAUGAAUUCACACACCUGUAUACACUGAUCGUACGGCCCGAUAACACCUACGAGGUGAAAAUUGACAAUAGCCAGGUGGAGUCUGGCUCUCUGGAGGAUGAUUGGGACUUCCUGCCACCCAAGAAGAUAAAGGAUCCUGAUGCUUCAAAGCCUGAAGACUGGGAUGAGCGGGCCAAGAUUGAUGACCCUACAGACUCCAAACCUGAGGACUGGGACAAGCCCGAGCACAUCCCUGACCCCGAUGCUAAGAAGCCUGAGGACUGGGAUGAAGAGAUGGAUGGAGAGUGGGAACCACCGGUGAUUCAGAACCCAGAAUACAAGGGCGAGUGGAAGCCCCGGCAGAUUGACAACCCAGAUUACAAGGGCACUUGGAUUCAUCCAGAGAUCGACAACCCCGAGUAUUCUCCUGAUAGCACUAUCUAUGCUUAUGAAAACUUCGCCGUUCUGGGCCUAGACCUUUGGCAGGUCAAGUCUGGUACCAUCUUUGACAACUUCCUCAUCACCAAUGAUGAAGCAUAUGCCGAAGAGUUUGGCAACGAGACGUGGGGAGUCACAAAGGCAGCAGAAAAGCAAAUGAAGGACAAGCAGGAUGAGGAGCAGAGACUGAAGGAGGAGGAGGAGGACAAGAAGCGCAAGGAGGAGGAGGAGGCAGACAAAGACGACGAUGAGGACAAAGAUGAAGAUGAGGAGGACGAAGAUGAUAAGGAUGAGGAUGAGGAUGAAGAUGCUGCUGCUGGCCAGGCCAAGGAUGAGCUGUAGGGGCCACACCAUCGCUUCCAGGGCUGGACUGAGGCCUGAGCGCUCCCGUCACAGAGCUGGCCGCGCCAAAUAAUGUCUCUAUGAGACUGGAGAACUUUCCUUUUUUCCAGGCGGGUUCCAAUUUGGGGUAGAUUUUGGUAUUGUUCCCGCCCUCCCCCUUUUUUUUAUUGGUGUUUUGUCUCUGAUUCUCUGUCGGCCCCCAUCUUUUUUGACAUCUUUGCCUUCUGUCCCCUUCUCCCCUUUAGAUCCCUUAGUUCCCCUUCCAACCUUGGGGCAUGUGGGGUGUGGAGUAGCCCCAGGCCCAAGAUUUCAUCUGUUCUCCUUCCUGGAGCCCAGAGGGGGGCAGGAGAAGAGGAUGGAUCCCUCAGCCCCCCAGCACUGAGGAAGAUUUGGGCUCCUAGGGCUUGAGCUCUGAUACCCCCACCAGCUCCCUUUCUUCCCUGCCUCCAUUACUGGGCCACUUGGUGGGGCAGUGGGUUCCAGCUCAGCUCACACUGAGAAUGUAAGAACUACAAAGUUUCUAUUAAAUUAAGUUUUGUGUCUUC